CUUCGUCUCUCAGAUUGCCCCCACACCCUAAACACCAAAUUCCCCUCCGUCUUCCUCCUCGUAAACGUCGACAGAAACCACCGCCGCGAUACAGAGAUCGAAUGCGUUCCUCUUAACUCCUCCGCCGUCAAUCCCCAACGCCGCCGCGGCCUCGAAUUUGACCGGGCUGGUUGGCUUACUGACUGGCUGUACUAUCUCUCUUGGACUGAUUGGUUCCUUUCUCAGCUUUCGGUAAGGAAUCAAUUUUCUUGAUUUUUGGGGAUUUCUUUAACUCUGUGAAGAAGCAGAGAACGAGAGGUGGUUAAAGGAAGAGAGGUACAUAGAGAAAAGAACAAGAAAGGGAGAAGAAGAAAGAAAAAUUCAGAGAGGAAGAUAAUGGCGGGGUCGACAUCGUUCUCGUCUCCGUUGUGCACGUGGCUGGUGGCGGCGUGCAUGUCCGUCACGUGCGACCAGGACCACCGGACCAGUGCACACGCGUUCCGUUCCUCCUCCUCAAGCUCCAAACUCACCACCAGCCGCAGGCGGAAGCUGCUUCUAUCCAAAUGUAACGCCGCCGCCACAUCCGCCGUCGCUGCUACUUCCCACUCGCUCUCCAGUCGCUUCGUCUCUUCUCUCUGUGGAUCCAGCUUUCAAGAUUUGAUGAACUCUUGCUUGGCCUUCGAGCCUUGUAGCCAGUACUACACCUCCAAUGGCGCCUUCCGAUCCACAAAUCUCAACCGGAGGCAGAGGCGACUCGGUCGCCCUUCUUAUUCUGGAGAAGCAAUGGCCGUUGCGGUGCAACCUGCAAAGGAGGUUGCAACCAAAAAGAAACCUGUUACUAAGCAAAGGCGAGUGGUUGUGACUGGGAUGGGUCUUGUGUCUCCACUUGGUCAUGAUCCAGAUGUCUUCUACAAUAAUCUGCUGGAAGGUUGCAGUGGCGUAAGCGAGAUAGAGACAUUUGAUUGUGCUAAAUUCCCAACAAGAAUUGCUGGGGAGAUCAAGUCUUUUUCAACUGAUGGAUGGGUUUCACCCAAAUUUUCUAAGCGAAUGGAUAAAUUCAUGCUUUACAUGCUCAUUGCGGGGAAAAAGGCUUUGGCAGAUGGUGGUAUUACUGAGGAUGUAAUGAAUGAGUUGGAUAAAGCUAAAUGUGGUGUUCUAAUUGGCUCAGGAAUGGGUGGCAUGAAGGUAAUGCUUCAGCUGUAGAGUUUUUAUUCUUUUUAGGCAGAGUGCUAAGAUGAGGUGAUAUUCUAUGAUGGCCACUCAACUGUCCCAUCUCAUAGGACAUAGAGUGCCACUUUGUUGCUUUCUUUGCUGGUCUUGCCAAAAUAAUAUUGCAUCAGGGUGAGGGGAGCUAGAGCAGCCAUAUUGUGAUAUCGUUGGUACCAACGUCACUUUUGCUUUCUCACCUCAGUAAAAUGAGAACUUAUAGUUUCUUUGCUGCUCAUGUUUACUCUUCCAUUCGGUAACUUCAAGGUUUUCAUUUUUAUGCCAUGUUGGAGUAAUUAUUGUCUGCUAAAUGCAAUUCCUGGCUAUUCCCUGCCUCAGAAGAGUCAUCAUCAUUUGUAAUUCAAGAUUCCGUGAUAAUCUUCUGUGUAUAAUUUAUGCACAGGUUUUCAAUGAUGCCAUUGAAGCUCUAAGGGUCUCUUACCGAAAGAUGAACCCGUUCUGUGUACCAUUUGCGACUACAAAUAUGGGUUCUGCUAUGCUUGCAAUGGAUAUUGGUUGGAUGGGGCCAAACUAUUCUAUUUCGACAGCUUGUGCUACAAGUAACUUCUGUAUACUAAAUGCAGCCAACCAUAUUAUUAGAGGCGAAGCUGAUGUUAUGCUUUGUGGUGGCUCAGAUGCAGCUAUUAUUCCAAUUGGUUUGGGAGGCUUUGUGGCUUGCAGAGCGCUCUCUCAGAGGAACGAUGAGCCUACCAGAGCUUCACGGCCUUGGGAUAAGAAUCGGGAUGGAUUUGUUAUGGGUGAAGGAGCUGGUGUUCUGCUUCUUGAAGAGCUAGAACAUGCCAAGAGGAGAGGUGCCACCAUAUACGCUGAGUUUCUCGGGGGAAGCUUCACUUGUGAUGCCUAUCAUAUGACUGAGCCACGCCCUGAUGGCUCGGGAGUCAUUCUUUGCAUAGAGAAGGCUUUAGCACAGUCUGGAGUAUCCAAGGAAGAAGUCAACUACAUAAAUGCACAUGCUACAUCAACUCCUGCUGGAGACCUUAAAGAGUAUCAGGCUCUGAUGCAUUGCUUUGGCAAAAAUCCUGAUUUGAAGGUGAACUCUACGAAGUCUAUGAUUGGUCACUUACUUGGAGCAGCUGGAGCUGUGGAAGCUAUUGCUGCAGUACAGGCAAUACGAACAGGAUGGGUUCAUCCAAAUAUCAAUCUGGAAACUCCUGAUGAGGGGGUGAAUACGAGCGUGCUGGUCGGGCCGAAGAAAGAAAGACUGGAUGUGAAAGCUGCGCUAUCGAAUUCGUUCGGGUUUGGUGGUCACAACUCGUCAAUCAUUUUUGCUCCGUACAAGUGAAGAAGUUUGGAUGGCUUCAUGUUUACUUACUGUAUGAUGACUGCUUAAGGUACGGUGGGUAGAUUUGGUAACUUGCUCUUCUCUUUUUCUUUUUCCUUUUUUCCCCCUAAUCAUCCAAGGAAGGAAAUGCUUGGGGACCCAACUGAGGAAAAUAUAAGUCAGAAUAGAUACUUUGGUAGUGAUGCGUGGAAUGACCGACUCUGAUUGAGUAGGCCCUUGCUUGGAUACACAAAUCCAAAGAAGUCAAAUCUUUAGUACACUAAAGACAAUCGUUGUGAGUAAUGAGUCGGCAGGUAGGUUGAGCAAACAGUUGAUGAUGGCGUGUGUGUUUUUGGUAAUGGGACAGUGAGUGAUGUUCUUCUUCAGCUCAGGGGAAUGCUAAAAGCAAAAUUGCACCUCAUUGUGACAAUUCCAGGAAGUGGGUGGAUGGGAGCUCAGUUUUCCCUCCUGGCGCUCGACAAAGGGAAGAAGACAUGGCGGUGGUGAAUUGCCUUAUGCAUUUGCUUUUUGUUCCUCGAUCCAUUGUGGUUAUACGGGGCGAAAACGAUGUUAUUUUCGCUAGUAUUUGUGUUUAGUGUUUGGGGUAUAUGAUAUGAGGCAACAUUACAGUAAAAGAAUGAACCAGCCCGAGCUCCUAGUACUGGAUCGACGCUUCUUUGGUUUUCGUUUUCCUGUUUCAUGUACAAGUAGAUGGCCGGACAUUGAACUUGUGGCUUUUAUAGUCAGUGAACUUGGGACGCCGAAUUCUGAGCUACAAUCGCUGCUAGACCGCGUUCUCAUUUCGUUCCUGCUUUCUUGCAACUUCUUUUUUGGGUUUGUUGGCUGUGUCAUUGGUUUGUUUUCUAUAUUGAUUGAUGAAGUUUGGUUGAGUGGUUUCAGCUGCCUGCGUGGUAAGUUCAACACUAUGACAAAGGUUGAAAUUGUGGCAGUUUACUUUAUUGGUUCUUGAUCUCAGCUGAGACAUUAAGGAG